AUGGGACAGACUGUGACGACUCCCCUGACUUUGACUUUAACCCACUGGACUGAUGUUAGGACUAGGGCCCGCAAUUUGUCUGUUGAAAUACGGAAGGGGCCUUGGCAGACUUUCUGCUCAUCUGAAUGGCCCACCUUUGGGGUCGGCUGGCCCCCGGAAGGUGUUUUUAACCUGCCCCUUAUUUCUGCAGUUAAGAAGGUUGUUUUCCAGACUGAAGGAGGACACCCGGACCAAGUCCCCUAUGUCCUCGUCUGGCUGGACCUCGUCCUAAACCCACCACCAUGGGUCAAGCCUUGGGUUCUCGAACCCCCUGAGGCAGCCCCACAAGUGGCGGUCGUCUCAGACCCAAAACCAGAGGCUACUACCCCUCCACGGCCCUCAGCUCCCCCACCUCUUUAUCCUGAGAUAGACAGCAACCUCCUUCUUGAUCUCCCUCUCCCUCCCCCUUAUGCCCAGCCCUGGCUUCCUCCCCAGCCAGCCCAGCCAGCACUGCCAGGAGAGCAUUUCGACAUGAGACAGUCCUCUGUUGCAGGUUCAUCAGCACCAGGACCGACAGGGGGAACUCGAAGCUGAAAAGGCCGUAGCCCAGAAGCUGAAACUAUCACCCUCCCCCUCCAGACAAUCGGCCUCCCACCAGAGGAAGACCGGCUCCCUCCUCUACAAUAUUGGCCCUUUUCCUCAGCCAAUCUCUAUAAUUGGAAAACUAACCAUCCUUCCUUUUCAGACAAUCCCUCAGCCCUCACAGGACUUCUAGAAUCCCUAAUGUUUUCUCACCAACCCACCUGGGAUGAUUGUCAGCAGUUCUUCCAAGUCCUCUUUACAACAGAAGAAAGAGAGAGAAUCCUUUUGGAAGCCCGAAAAAAUGUCCCUGGUGCUGACGGGACACCAACUAACCUCCCCAAUCUUAUAGAUGAAGGGUUUCCCCUGACCAGACCUGACUGGGACUUCAACACCGUGGAAGGUAGGGAGCGUCUCACAGUCUACCGCCGGGCUCUGAUAGCAGGUCUCAGAGGAGUCGCAAGACAGCCCACCAAUCUGGCUAAAGUAAGGGAGGUUCUUCAGGGUCCUACUGAGCAGCCCUCCGUCUUUCUGGAGCGUUUAAUGGAGGCCUAUAGAUGGUAUACCCAUUUCGAUCCGACUUCACUAAGGCAGCAGGCAGCAGUAGCAAUGGCUUUUAUCGGGCAAUCUGCCCCAGACAUAAAACGAAAGUUACAGAGGCUAGACGGACUUCAGGAUUACUCCCUACCUGAUCUAGUGAAGGAGGCUGAGAAAGUGUUUCACAAGAGGGAGACAGAGGAAGAAAAGAGAGAAAAAGAGAGGAGAGAGGUAGAAGAAAGGGAGAAUCGGCGAGACCGCCGACAGGAAAGAAACUUGACUAGGAUAUUGGCCGCAGUAAUAGGAGACAGUAAAAUUAACAGAGAGAGGAAAGGACAGGCAGGGUACCUGGGCGACAGGACAAAAAGACCCCCAAGGAAGCAAGGACCACCGCUGGAUAAGGAUCAGUGUGCCCACUACAAAGAAAGGGGACAUUGGGCAAGAGAAAGCCCCAAGAAACUCUCAAAAAGACCUAAAGUUCUGGCUUUGGAUGAGGACUAGGGGAGACGGGGCUCGGGCUCCCUUCCCGAGCCUAGGGUAACGCUCUUAGUAGAGGGGACUCCUGUUAAUUUCCUAGUGGACACCGGUGCUGAGCACUCAGUACUCACCAGGUCCUUGGGCCAGCUAGGACAGAAAAGAACUAUGGUGAUAGGAGCUACCGGCAGCAAAUUAUACCCCUGGACAACUAGAAGAAAAUUAGACAUUGGAAGAGGCCAAGUGACCCACUCCUUCCUGGUCAUUCCCGAGUGCCCUGAACCCCUCUUAGGAAGAGACUUGUUAACCAAACUUAAGGCUCAGGUCCAGUUCACCCCUAGUGGGCCAGAAAUUACUUGGGGAGAAACUCCUGUAACUUGUUUAACAGUCCAGUUGGAAGAAGAAUAUCGCCUCCACAAGCCUAAGCUCAGUCAAACAGUCGCCCCAGAAUGGCUCGACAAAUACCCUAAGGUAUGGGCCGAACAGACUGGAGUAGGCAUGGCAAAAAGAGUGCCUCCAGUAGUGGUGGAGCUCAAGGGGGGCGCCUCGCCCAUCUCAGUUAGGCAAUACCCCAUGAGCAGGGAAGCGAAGGAAGGAAUUCGACCCCACAUUAAGAAACUUUUGCAGCAAGGCAUCUUGGUGCCCUGCCAGUCUCCUUGGAACACCCCUCUCCUACCAGUACGGAAACCCGGCACCAGUGAUUAUCACCCAAUGCAGGACUUGAGGGAAGUCAACCGGAGGGUCCAGGACUUACACCCUACUGUACCAAAUCCUUACAACUUGCUCAGCUCCCUCCCACCAGAUUGGGUGUGGUAUACCGUGCUAGACUUGAAAGAUGCCUUCUUCUGUCUCCGGCUCCACCCUAACAGUCAAUUGCUGUUUGCCUUUGAAUGGAGAGACCCGGAAGGGGGACAUACAGGCCAGCUGACAUGGAUCAGACUGCCUCAGGGAUUUAAAAACUCCCCAACGCUAUUUGACGAUGCGCUCCACAGGGACUUGGCCACCUUCAGGGCUCAAAAUCCUCAAGUCUCGCUCUUGCAGUACGUGGACGACUUGCUCUUAGCUGCAGCCACUAAGGAGGUAUGUGAGCAGGGAACCGGUAGGCUCCUCAAGGGACUGGGUGAGUUGGGAUACCGGGUAUCAGCAAAAAAAGGGCAGCUGUGUCGCACUGAAGUGACCUAUCUAGGAUAUAUACUGAAAGACGGAAAGAGGUGGCUAACGAAGGCAAGAAAAAGGACAGUGAUCACUAUCCCAGUGCCUACAACUCCACGGCAGGUACGAGAAUUCCUGGGGACGGCAGGUUUCUGUAGGCUCUGGAUACCUGGUUUAGCGACCUUGGCCGCCCCCCUGUACCCACUCACUCGAGAUCAAGCCACUUUUGUCUGGACUCCAGAGCACCAGAGAGCUUUUGAAGGGAUAAAAACUGCCCUGCUCACAGCCCCGGCCCUAGCUCUCCCAGACUUGACAAAACCAUUCACUUUAUAUGUAGAUGAAUGAGCGGGUGUGGCUCAGGGAGUAUUGACGCAAACCCUAAGGCCAUGGAAAAGACCCAUAGCCUACCUCUCAAAGAAAUUGGACCCUGUGGCGAGCGGAUGGCCGUUGUGCCUAAAGGCUAUAGCUGCAGUUGCUCUCCUGGUGAAAGAUGCCAACAAGCUCACUUUGGGACAACAUGUAACUAUUAUUGCCCCUCAUGCCUUGGAAAGCAUCAUCAGGCAGCCCCCCGAUCGAUGGAUGACCAAUGCCCGGAUGACGCAUUACCAGAGCCUCCUGUUAAACGACCGCAUCGCCUUCGCUCCUCCCGCCACUCUCAACCCGGCAACCCUUCUCCCCAAAACUAAUGAAUCUUCCCCAGUACACUCGUGUGUCGACCUGCUGGCCGAAGAAAUCGGAAUUCGGAAGGACCUGACAGACUUGCCCUGGCCAGGAACACCGACUUGGUACACAGAUGGGAGCUGUUUUAUGGUUAAUGGAAAGAGAAGGGCCGGCGCGGCUGUGGUAGACGGGAAAAAAGUAAUCUGGGCCAGCAGUCUGCCAGAGGGAACUUCGGCACAGAAGGCAGAGCUCCAAGCCUUAACAAAGGCUCUCAAGCUGGCAGAGGGAAAAGCCAUAAACAUCUACACUGACAGUAGGUACGCAUUCGCCACCGCCCACUUUCAUGGGGCUAUCUAUAAACAAAGGGGGCUCCUGACGUCUGCUGGUAAAGAAGUUAAGAAUAAAAAAGAAAUUCUGGCUCUCUUAGAAGCUGUGCGUUUUCCCAAAAAGGUAGCUAUUAUCCACUGCCCCGGGCAUCAAAAAGGAAAAGACUCAGUAGCAGUGGGAAACAGAAUGGCUGACCAGACCGCAAAGUUGGCGCACAAGGGGCAGUCUCCCUUACUCUGAACGUACCACAAGGAGAAAAAGAAGAAGGCCCCCCAGGAUGACACCCCUGGCUUAAAGUACACUUUAGAGGAUUGGAAUGAAAUCAAAAGCUUAACGGAAAAAGGAAUUACUGAUGGCCUGUGCAGCCAUGGAACUAUCAUCACCAAGGAAGGGAAAAUAAUCUUACCCCAUCAAGAGGGAGAGGCCUACGUAAGAGCUAUCCACCGUAUGACUCAUUUAGGGGCAAGAAAACUGUGCGACUUAAUUAAAACCUCAAGCUAUCAUGUCCUCAAAUUACAGUCUAUAACUGAACAAAUAACCAAGUCCUGCAGAGCUUGCACCCUAACAAAUGCUAGCCGCUCAUCUUUUGAAUCAGGGAAGCGACUACGGGGAGACAGACCUGGAGUCUAUUGGGAGGUAGACUUCACAGAAGUCGUUCCUGGCAGAUAUGGUAACAAAUACCUCUUAGUUUUCAUAGAUACUUUUUCAGGCUGGGUUGAAGCCUUUCCUACUAAGAGCGAAACCACCCAAAUAGUGACGAAAAAAAUCUUAGAAGAAAUCCUGCCCCGGUUCGGAAUUCCAAAGGUAAUUGGUUCAGACAAUGGGCCUGCAUUCGUAGCCCAGGUAAGUCAGGGAUUGGCCAAGCAAUUGGGGACUGAUUGGAAAUUACAUUGUACAUAUAGACCCCAAAGCUCAGGACAGGUAGAAAGAAUGAAUAGAACUCUAAAAGAGACCCUCACGAAAUUGGCUGUAGAGACCAGUGGGAAAGACUGGGUGACCCUCCUUUCCUUUGCACUCCUCAGGGUUCGAAACACCCCGGGUUUUGGACUUUCCCCUUUUGAAAUCCUCUAUGUGGAACCGCCCCCUUUAGCCGGGCCAGGCGGAGUAUUGGACCCCGCCCUGGAUCCUCAUUCACCUUCUGCUCUGUUUGUUCAUCUCAAGGCUCUGGAAGCUGUCCGCACCCAGAUCUGGAGCCGGAUCAAAAAGGCCUAUGCACCUGGAACUCCUGUAAUACCCCAUGGGAUUCAAAUAGGUGAUCUAAUCUUGAUCAGGAGACAUCGGGCGAGUAACCUCGAACCCAGGUGGAAGGGACCCUAUCUGGUACUGUUGACCACCCCGACGGCUGUCAAGGUGGAUGGAAUUGCAGUCUGGAUUCACGCUUCUCACGUGAAGAAAAUCCCCGUUGAACAGAGUGAUGAGUGGAGAGUGGAAAAGACCGAUAACCCUCUUAAGCUUCGUUUGCACCGCCUUACUUGCUCGGAGCAGUAA